GGAUCAGUCCUCACUCUUUCAAAAGCACCAGUAAGGACAAAAGGUUGACUUCUUGGACACCGCUGUCCCCUUCUCUCAAUAAUUCACGUUUAGAACCAUCGCCGAGAAAGUUGACACAGUGCGCGAACUGAUCACUUGUGCAUCUACAUACACUCACUCACACAGUAGCUAAGAGAGUGUAGAGUACUAUCUACUACUUUCAUGGCUUUUUCUUCUUAAGACAUUUCAAACACACAUGAUUAGCUGCGUCCCACAAAAUAUAACUUUUCAAGGUGGGUCAUUCGUUGACGUUGAGGCAAACUUUUUUCUUUUCCCUUCAACACGUUUUGAGGUCUAAAGAAGAAAACAAAUAGACAUACCAAAUGUGUAAGAGAUGCAACUCAUUACUCAGUAGUACUUGUCAGAGAAAUGUUAAAGACUCCGUGACAUUGGUCAAAGGUUCAGCAUUGAUCAAUGAUAGCCAUGGAGACACUCUCGUUUCAGCUGGUGAGAGAUUCGAGCUCGGCUUCUUCACUCCUAAUGGAAGCUCUGAUGGAAGAAGGUACUUAGGGAUUUGGCUUUACCGUUUACAUCCACUUACAGUUGUCUGGGUUGCAAACCGUGAAGCUCCGGUUCUUCACGGUUCCGGCAUUCUCACUAUCUCUAAAGAUGGAAAUCUUGAAGUCACUGAUUCAAAGGGAAGAGUGUAUUGGGGCACAAACGUUGAACCUUCCUCUGUGUCUGCGCGGAGGACGGUGAAGCUGAUGGACAAUGGCAAUCUUGUGUUGAUGAGUGAUGAAGCAAAUGUGGUUUGGGAAAGUUUCAAGAAUCCUACUGAUACUUUUCUUCCAGGGAUGAGGAUGGAUGAGAAUAUGACUAUAUCAUCAUGGAGAAGCUUCAACGAUCCAUCACCUGGAAACUUCACCUUUGAGAUGGAUCAAGAAGAAGACAAACAGUUCAUCAUUUGGAAAAGAUCAAUCAGAUACUGGAAAACCGGAAUUUCAGGUAAAUUCAUGGGAUCAGAUGAGAUGCCUUACGCAGUUUCCUACUUCCUUUCCAACUUCACAGAGACUUUAACCGUUCACAAUGCCUCAGUCCCACCUAUCUUCACAUCUUUGUAUACCGAUACAAGGUUUAUCAUGACCCCAUCUGGUCAAGCUCAGUACCUCCGGUUAGACGGGGAGAGAUUCUGGGCACAGAUUUGGGCUGAGCCUAGAGACCAAUGCAGUGUCUACAAUGCUUGCGGAAAUUUCGGUAGCUGUAACAGCAAGAACGAGGAGAUGUGCAAGUGUUUGCCAGGUUUCAAGCCUAGUUUCCUGGAGAAAUGGGUCAAUGGUGACUUCUCUGGUGGAUGUUCAAGAGAGUCAAGAAUCUGUGGAGGUAAAGAAGGUGUUGUGGUGGGAGACAUGUUCUUGAACCUGAGUGUGGUUGAAGUAGGAAGUCCGGAUUCUCAGUUCGAUGCACAUAACGAAAAGGAAUGCAGAGAAGAGUGCUUAAACAAUUGCCAGUGCCAAGCUUACUCUUAUGAAGAAGUUGAUACCAAGUGCUGGAUUUGGUUGGAGGAUCUCAACAAUCUCAAGGAAGGCUGUUUAGUAGGUAGCCGUUACAUAUUUAUCCGCGUAGCAGUUUCUGAUAUAGAGACGACGAGUAGAGAUUGUGUGACCUGUGGCUCAAAUAUCAUUCCUUAUCCUUUGAGCACAGCUCCUGGAUGUGGCGACUGUAACUACCUUAAUUUCAACUGCAAUAUGACCACUGGUCAAGUCAUUUUCAAAGGAUCUAACAACUCAUACAAUGUUACAAGAAUCAGUCCUGAUACUCACAGAUUCUUAAUCAAGACAAAAGAUGUGGUGAAAAACUGCACAAGUAUUUCAGAGUUGAAGCUAUCUUCACCUUUUCAUCUCACGGGGCAGUGCAAUGCUGACUUGGUUACUGGAGGAACUGAAGUGGAGAUUCGUUGGGAUCCUCCGCUUGAGCCAACUUGCUCUUUAUCCGUCGACUGUACAGACUGGCCAAACUCAUCUUGCAGUAACUCUGGUGACGGGAAGAAACGGUGCGUAUGCAAUCAUGAUUUUAAGUGGGAUGGCUUCAGCUUAAACUGCACUCAAGAGCAAGCUCGAGGGAAAUAUGGGGAAGCUAAAACACCGGUGGCUUUGAUCAUUGUGUUAACGUUUACAAGUGCAGCCAUUCUGGUUGUUCUGUCAAGUACUGCUUCUUAUGUAUAUUUGCAAAGAAGAAAAGUGAACAACGAACUAAGAAGCAUGCCAAGAGGAGUUAAUGUAUGUGACAGCGAUAGACGUCUCAAAGAUUUGAUUGAUUCCGGAAGUCUUAAACGAGAUGAUACUCAAGGCAUUGAUGUUCCUUCUUUUGAUCUCGAGACCAUCAUAUCUGCAACAUCCAACUUUUCAAGUGCAAACAAGCUAGGGCAAGGAGGGUUUGGACCGGUUUAUAAGGGAACGUUUCCUGGAGAUAAAGAGAUAGCAGUGAAGAGGCUAUCUCGCUGCUCAGGUCAAGGACUAGAGGAAUUCAAGAAUGAAGUUGUUUUGAUUGCCAAACUCCAACACCGGAAUCUUGUUAGACUUCUUGGCUAUUGUGUUGAUGGAGAAGAGAAACUGUUACUGUAUGAGUACAUGCCACACAAAAGCUUAGACUUCUUCAUCUUUGACGGGACGCUGUCCCAGCGUUUAGAUUGGAAGAAGCGUUGUAACAUCAUUCUAGGAGUGGCUCGUGGACUUCUGUAUCUGCAUCAAGACUCAAGAUUGAGAAUCAUCCACAGGGAUUUGAAAGCGAGCAACAUUUUGUUAGAUGAGGAGAUGGAUCCCAAGAUUUCUGACUUUGGUUUGGCUAGAAUAUUUGGAGGCAAUGAAACUUCAGCUAAUACUAACCGAGUCAUUGGAACUUAUGGAUACAUGUCUCCAGAAUAUGCACUAGAUGGGCUAUUCUCAUUCAAAUCAGAUGUCUUUAGUUUCGGUGUGGUUGUGAUUGAAACUAUUAGCGGGAAGAGGAACACCGGUUUUCAUGAACCGGAGAAAUCUUUAAGCCUUCUAGGCUAUGCGUGGGAACUCUGGAAAGAGGAAAGAGGGCUUGAGUUACUGGAUGGAGCUCUACAAGAAACAUGCGAAACAGAGGAGUUCUUGAAGUGCUUGAACGUUGGACUGCUAUGUGUACAAGAAGAUCCUAAUGAUCGUCCUACUAUGUCAAGCGUUGUUUUCAUGCUCGGAAGCAGUGAUGCAGCUACUACGCUUCCAGAUCCGAAACAACCGGCUUUUGUCCUUAGACGUUUCCCUUCAUCAAGCAAGGGUUCUUCAUCUAGCAAACCAGAAACUUGCUCCCAAAAUGAGCUUACUAUAACUCUUGAAGAUGGAAGAUAACGACAGCUCUCAACAUUUACUUGUGACCAUAUAUUCAAGUAAUACAUUUCUGUCGUAUGUAUAACUCUUGAGAGGCAUCUUGUUAAACGCCUUUCAAUGCCUCAGCAGAGAUAUGGCUAGGAUCAGAGUUCUUUCUGGCACUCUAACAAUCCAUGAAUCUAACAAUUUCCAAGUUGUUGAAGAAAGAUUCCACUUCAUAGGUUUGAGAUUCA